AUGUCGGGCUUCAUGGCCAAUCUGUUUCCUGGAGGAACCAGGGACAACAAUGCAGCUUCGCGACCCGAGACGCCUACAAGAAACAGCUUCAUCAACCCAGCCAGCACACCCCAAGGCAGCCCUAGCAAGAGAACGAACCCCCCUGGCGCCCACGAAUUGCCCGAGUCCUUCGACAAUGCGCUCAAGUUGAGCACACCUGUUCUGGAGAGACCCAGACUCGAUCGCCCGCUGAGUGUGAUCACCACCCCGCAGUCUUCGGGGAGAGGCAACGAAUACAGUCCCAAUGUCGAGGACAGCGUCUUGCACAAGGGAGCGACUUCAGCAGGCAGCCCCUUGAAGAAGUCCCAUGGACAGGAGAACACUCCCCCCGUCUCGCGCUUGGGAGGUAACGACUCUCCCUACCAGCAGAGCCAUGCUGCCAUCUCCCGUCACGAGCUAUACCAGCCCAAGGAGAAGGCUGUGACUCCUAGGAACAAGUUCAACACCCAGAGAGCACUCACAUCCGAAGAGUUGGAGAUCCUGCAGCGCCCCAACGUGCGAAGACUCGUCAACGUGACACAGCUCUACUUUCUCGACUAUUACUUCGACCUUCUUACGUAUGUCGGCUCCAGACAGAACCGCCUGAACAAUUUCCAAUCGGAGAUCCCACCUCCGCCAGAGACCGAUGAAGCGACGUACAAUCAGAUGUGGUCAAAGUACAAGGGACGAGAGCGUGCAAACCUCAGAAAGAGACGAGUGAGACUUCGCCAGGGUGAUUUCCAGAUCCUCACCCAGGUUGGACAAGGAGGCUACGGUCAGGUCUUCCUGGCGCAGAAGAAGGACACCCGGGAAGUCUGCGCGCUGAAGGUAAUGAGCAAGAAGUUGUUGUUCAAGCUUGACGAAGUUCGCCACGUGUUGACUGAGCGCGACAUCCUGACCACUGCCAAGAGUGAGUGGCUUGUCCGGCUUCUCUACUCAUUCCAGGAUGACAAGAGUAUCUAUCUUGCCAUGGAGUAUGUGCCUGGAGGAGAUUUCCGCACGCUACUCAACAACACGGGCGUUCUGAGCAACCGUCAUGCUCGUUUCUACAUCGCCGAGAUGUUCUGCUCCGUCGAUGCUCUUCACCAGCUUGGUUACAUUCAUCGAGACUUGAAGCCGGAGAACUUCUUGGUCGACUCUACCGGACACGUUAAGCUCACGGACUUUGGACUAGCUGCUGGUAUGCUUGCGCCAGCCAAGAUCGAAUCUAUGAGAGUCCGUCUCGAAAAGGCAUCCGAGACCUCAGUACCUUUCGGAAAGCCCAUGGAUAAGCGAACAGUAGCUGAGAGAAGGGAGGGCUACCAGACAAUGCGCGCAAAGGAUAUGAACUACGCCAAGUCCAUUGUUGGCUCACCCGACUACAUGGCGCCCGAAGUUCUUCGAGGAGACGAGUAUGACUACACGGUGGACUACUGGAGUUUGGGCUGCAUGUUGUUUGAGGCUCUGACAGGAUUCCCUCCCUUUGCGGGCUCCACACCUGACGAGACUUGGAGGAACUUGAAGCACUGGCGUGAGGUGCUCAAGCGGCCCGUUUGGGAGGAUCCUAACUACUUCCUCAGCAACCGCACUUGGAACUUCAUUACGACCUGCAUCAACUCUCGGUCUAAGCGCUUUUCCAACUUCAAGGAGAUUAACUCUCACCACUACUUUGCCGAGGUUGACUGGGAUACGCUACGAACCACCAAGGCUCCAUUCGUGCCCGAGCUCGAUUCAGAGACGGACGCCGGUUACUUUGAUGACUUCAGUAAUGAGGCGGACAUGGCCAAGUACAAGGAGGUGCAUGACAAGCAGCAGGCCCUCGAGACUAUGGCGGACCGUGAUGACGAGAUGGGCAAGAGCCUCUUCGUCGGCUUCACAUUCCGACAUCGGAAGACCACCGAUGACGCAAGUCCGCGCAAACCUAUCCCCUUCAAGGAGGAGGAGGACACCUUUGGCACGAUGCUGUAGCGCAGACCUGUGUGGAAUUGGACGCAGUUGAGUCGGACAACAUUUCGGAGAGGCUUCCUCUGAACCUGGAGUCCAAAGAUUCGAUUUACGAUGAUGAUGAGACGGACGUCAUUGGGCCAAUAAGGCGGUGUUCGAGAAAGGCGAGGGACUACUUGUAUGAGUUUGGGACUGGACUGCCCUGCAGCAAUGGCAUGUUUGAGAUGAAAUUUCGGGCAUUUCUUUUUGCGUUGGAGUUUGCAGAUGGACAGGUUCAGGUGGACAGGCCUGCUAACACAGCAUUAAGCAAGCAGGGUCUUCUUUUUUUUUUUCGG